CUUUCGCCGAGGGACACUCCACCUUACGGCACAGUCGAUUCCCAUUCCGCCACCAUCGCUAACUCGCAGGUUCCCCAUCAGUCGACGGUCCAGCUGGGGAAGCUCACUCUUGAGCCUUUCUCCGGAGACAUCACGCAGUUCCAGAGAUUCUGGCGUGCCUUCGAGGUAGCGAUUCACGACGAUGUCACCAUAAGUACGACGUAUAAGUUCCUCUACCUGCAAAGGCCUCCUCAAGGGCGAAGGCGCAGAUCGUGUUGCAAGGAUCUGGACCCCGACGAGUGCAACUACUACGAGUUAGUACGCGCACUCAAGAAGAGAUACGACCGGCCGCAUAAGACCCGCGCAACGUUGCACAAGCAACUCCAACAACUCCCAACAGCCGCUACUCCAUCAACAACACCUACGGUGGCCAGCGCACAAGAUCAAGGUCACAUUCACCGCGAAGCGAAAUUUCUGGUUGUGCCUUUUGUGGGUCAGCAUCGCAUAAAACGCGUAACUGCUCAGUCAAAAUUCCAACCCACGCACGCAUCAACAUCGUCAAAGUCCUUAACCUUUGCUGGAAAUGCCUGGGCCAAGGUCAUUCACGUCGCAGCUGUCGGUCCUCAGGUUGCAGCAAUUGCUCAGGAGGUCAUCACGAACUUCUAUGCGAACACCGUCCACGUGAAGAACGAUCGCGUCGUAGCUCUCGCCGGCACGAUACUCACAAGCCGCGCAGACACGACUACGACCGCAGCAGGCGAGAAUACCGUUCGCCUUCCAGGGACAGAUAUCCAUCAAGAAGCCCCUCACAAGGAAGCUAUCGUCGCAGCAAUUACACCGACAGCGAUCGCUCAAGAUCUCCAUCUUGGGAGAACCGUCGCCGUAAUCAUAGUCCACGGCCUUACUCUCCAGCAAGGCGACAUUCGCGUUCGCCCAAUCGUGUCACCUUCGAUUCACCACCGCGCAGCCGUCAAUACCACAGUCCCGUAA